AUGUGGAGCGUAAUUUUGGUUAUCGGAGCGAUUUUGAGCCUCGCGAUUGUCUGGUCAAUAGUGCAGAAGAAUAGCUUCUCGAAAAGCAUCGAUGUGUUACAACCGUGGUAUCCGUUAGUUGGUAAUCUGCUCAUGAUCGUAGGAAAGGACGAGCUGCAAAAAUUUCAAAUCAUUUCACAAGCUUUCAAUAAUGGAGCCAAGCUGUUCCGGUGCUACAUGGGGCCCAUUCCGAUAUUUUGCACUGGACAUCCCGACAUAGCCAAACAAAUAUUGACCGACGUCAACUGUAUUGAAAAACCGUACCUAUACGAUUUCUUAAUGAUGAAAAAAGGAGUGUUCGCGGCAAAAACACAUAUUUGGAAGGGCCAGCGGAAGGCGCUUCUACCUGCAUUCAGUACGCGCAUUAUAGCCAGUUUUUUGUCAAUUUUUACCAACCGAUCCAAAAAUUUGAUAAGAAGACUAGAAUCGUUGGCAGUUACUGGGGAAACGUUCAACAUCUUAGAUUAUGCUACCACUUGCGCAUUGGAAAUGGUUUGUGAAACGACAAUGGGUUUCGAUUCGAGCGCUUUCAACAAAGCUGAUGAAUUGGGUGCCAGAAUUGAACGUUCAUUUUCUAUAGCAGCAAGAAGAAUAAUGAAGGUUCAUCAUCAUUUCGACUUUAUUUAUCGUUGGUCUGAGGACUGUCGUGAAGAGCAAACUGUGCGUGAAUAUCUGACAGAUCACGUGAUGCAGGUCUACAAGGAUGCAUACGAUCGAUACUCGAAAGGUUUAAUGAGUAAUACUGCCGAUGUUGAUGAGAAUCAAUGCUUUCAAAAGCCGCAGAUUUUCGUCAACCAAUUAUUCACCAACACCAUUCGGAAAUUCGAACGAGAGGAAAUAAUCGACAAUAUUCAGACUAUGAUAGCUGCUGGAACGGACACUUCCGCCAACGUAAUAGCAUUUGCCUUGCUACAAUUGGCAAUGGACUCACACUACCAGCAAAAGGUGUACGAAGAAAUCAUGCAAGUCUUUCCCGAAAAGGAACCUAACAUCACCAUGGAAAGGCUAGGUCAACUUCAGCUCACGGAAAUGGUUCUGAAUGAGAUCCUCCGUCUGUAUCCGGUAGGGCCAAUUGUGAUGCGCAAAAAUAUGGCCAAAAUUACUGUUUGCGACCAGCAGCUGCCCAAGGGAAGCAUGUUCGUUGUCAAUAUCUUCGCCAUUCAACGACGGAAAGACCUGUGGGGACCCGAUGCGGACUGCUUCAAUCCUGAGCGGUUUUCACCGGAAGAAUCUGCUGGAAGACAUCCUUUUGCAUUUUUGGCUUUCAGCGGAGGAUCUAGGAAUUGUCUAGGAAUUCGUUAUGCGAUGAUAAGCAUGAAAGUAAUGAUGGUUUAUCUGAUGAAAAGCUUUCGGUUCAAAACCAGUAUACGAGAGGAAGACAUUCGUUUCCAAUUCGACGUGAUGUUACGCAUAGCAGGAGGACAUAUGAUACAGAUAGAGAAACGAUUUUAACUAAAUAAAUAAAUCGUUUGUUUG